AUGUCAUCCGAGGCUAUCAAAGCGACUCUUGCGCAAUGGGACUUCUCUAUAGCUUUGCAUGGUUCUCACCGUCGCGAAUCGGUUGUGUCUCCUCUAGAUCAACCCCUUCCCACCGUCUCCAACAAUCCUUCUCAUCCGAGACAGUUCUCGUCUCAACCGAUGGAGACUGAUGAGCCAGGGGAGGAUUACUUCCCGCGCUUCAAUUCCUCCAUCGGGAACUCAUUCCUGAUGUCUGGUACCCAUUGGCCGUCUCCUAUGUCUACCAAUAAAGAUGAGGAGACCCUCAACGUCAUUCGUGAAGCAAUCCCACGACCUUCUCUUCUCCCCUUUCGGGAGACACAUGCGGCUUCUGAUCUGCAGAUUCUAAACUUCUACGUUGAAGACCCAGACACAGUCUACCUCGAAGUCAAGUUUCCCGACAUGCAACCCAUCAUACUGAGAGAAGAAAGCGUACAACAGAUCAACGAGCCGGCUGUCAUCGAUUUCUGGCGGCUCUCUGGGAGUAGAGAGUAUGCCACUGGCAUAGGAAAGCGUCACGUCUUUUGUGUUCUGGGCUACCGCGUUUUCUACCUUCCGAACGCCUCGUGGGUUGAAGCUGACUUCGUCCGACGUAGUGCGCCCGAAAUGGUCCGGGCAUUCAAUUCUGAGCGCCGGCUUUCUUGCUACAGAGGCUCUACUGGGGAGAUGUUUACCAUCAAGACUGCACCGCGCUGUUCUGAGAUGGCUAAGGGGGUAACGUGUAAUGGUUGUAUGGGCUGUGGAGGCGGAUGCAACCGUCGCCAUGAUUGA